AAAUAAACGAAGAUUUCCUUCUUUCCAAGUACCAUAAGCUGGUAACUCGUCUUACAUUAAUAAUCUCUCGUCAAUGACAAAUUUACCAGGAACAGAGGAAGAUGUGGGAGUCUCUGGACUUUUGUCAGCUGAUUCGAGGCAGCCUCAGAUUGGCGAUCACUCGGUUUCGGACGAUGACGAAGAAAACCCUCACUCCAAACUGUCUGCCGUCCAUGGACCAUACAUGCAAGUGGCGGAGGACGAACUUGACGGCGAUGGCACAGCUACGAAUGACUUGGCUCUGGACAUGGAUGACAUCAUUCUCGAACACUCAUCGACAUCUUUUCGUUGGCAGCCCUUUCUGCUCGCCAACCUACUACGGGACGAUCGCUUCCAGAUCGGUCGUACCAAACUCCUCGAUGGUGCCGUUGCCGUCAAAUUUCUUAAAUUUCUCGGUCUGACCUAUGUUUCCAUUGUCGUCAUGUACCAUUACGUACGGUGGAUGCAGUGGGAAAACGAUCGAUCCUACACGUUGGCCGAUUUUUUCACGUACGAAUCCACCUUGGUAGCGCUGGACAGUAUGAUGUUUUUCAUUGUGGGACGCCUUUUUCAGCAGCGAGGUGUGGAUUGCUUGGCAUGGAUACUACCAAUGCUCGCAUGCAAUUUGUACUCUUCCUAUUUGACGACGUUUGACUUUUUGCAACAUUCGGCGACGCUUUACGAGAUGCACUGUCGAUGGUCCUGGAAGCUGUGGGCGUUCGUGGCGGUGGUCAUUCCCAUCGUGGUGGGUGUCGUCGUUUUGCACGUGGAUCGGGCGGUCCGACAACGUACGGUUUGGAUGCAAUUAUUUGAACUACUGCUGUGCGGCUUUUUCUUCUUGGCGCCGUACGUAUCAUCUCCCUACUUUCAUCUGCAUCAUUGGUACGUCGGUUGGUUAGUUGGUAUGCACUUUAACGUCGACACCUGGUGGAGUCGUAUGGUGAUGGCUUGGUGCUGGGGUGCCUACGUGAACGGCAUUGCGGUGUACGGCCGAGAUCCCGUAUUGACGUGCGGGUACGCCUACUUUCUCAGCGUCGACCAACACUGUCCGUACAUGAAAUGUUACUGGGACGGCUUGGCAGAGGCACAUGAUCACCCGAACGAUACCAAUCAUACCGUAGUGGCUCCGAUGGAACCACCCGAUUGGAGAAAUUGCUCUGCCGAAGCGUAUCAUCCGUAA